CAGGAGCUGGAUGACAUGAUGCUGCAGAGCCCACUCACCUCCACGCCGUUUUCUGUCAAGGAUAUCCUCAAGCUGGAGCAGCAGCAGCAGCAGCAGCAGUCCGGGUCUCUAGAGCUCCAGCACCGGGCCCACACCCAGCAGCACUUGGCCGGAUCUCCUACCCAGCAGCAGCAUUACCAAACCCCGCCGUCCUGCAUGCUCGCAGGGGCCCGGGACAGCCCUUCCUUCUCGGACGGAGAGGACAAUCUGGCCUACCUCAGCGCGCUGACAGUGCGGGAGGAGGACCGCGGGGAAACCAGUCUGUCCCCGGACAUGUAUGUCCAUCCCGGCCUGCAGGGAGCCAAGCUGGAGGCCGCCGAGCUGGAGGAGCAGGAGAGCAAGAGCUGCGGGCUGGUGUCCCGGGAGGAGUCAGCGGAGGGUGGGCAGGGCGAGUCGGAGAGGCCGGUGCAGAAGCAGAGGAGCCGGCGGAGACCCAGGGUGCUCUUCUCCCAGGCGCAGGUCUUCGAGCUGGAGCGGCGCUUCAAGCAGCAGCGCUACCUGUCCGCCCCGGAGCGGGAGCACCUGGCGACCACCCUGAAGCUCACCUCGAACCAGGUGAAGAUCUGGUUCCAGAACCGCCGCUACAAGUGCAAGCGGCAGCGGCAGGACAAGUCUCUGGAGGCGGCGGGACAGCACCACCCUCCUCCGCCCCGGCGCGUCGCCGUGCCGGUGCUGGUCCGAGAUGGGAAGCCCUGCCUGGGCGGUGCGCAGAGCUACGCAGCCACUGCCCCGUACGGAUCCAACCCGUACAGUUAUAACGGAUACCAGGCGUACACAUACAACAGCCCCGCUUAUAACACCAACUACAGCUGCACGUACACCAGCAUCCCUGCCCUUCCUCCGUCCAGCACCCCCAACGCCUUCAUGAACAUGAACUUGGGAAACGUGAGCGGCCUCGGCGGCUCCCCACAGGCCCAAACACAUCAAGGGACAGCUGUCACAUCCUGCCAGGGCUCCCUGCAGGGGAUCCGGGCCUGGUAGCCUCAUAGAACUAGUGUCCUUUUUUUAUGGAGCUCUUUCAUUUUUGGUUAACCUACAACCUUUUAGAAGCGCGUGUUAACUUGGUCAAAACGCCUCAGAGAACAGUGUUGCUUAUAUAAUGGAUGCGAGUUUGGAUUCACGCGUCGGCUGUUUGUUGAGAUUUCCGGCUGCUUCAUGUGUAUCAGAGCCGAAGUUAGUGUGUGUGCGUAAAGGCCGGAUGGCGCACAGCAGCGUCUGAACAGCCGCAGCUCGGGUGAAAUUUCAUGUUGCGGUCCAGGUGUUGUUGGUGCUCCGGUUUGGCACUGACAGCACCGAAGCACAGAGGCAGAGGGG